AUGGCCGCAGUCAUCAAGAAAAGCAACGUCAUCACUCAAAUCGUAAGGCUGAGACAAGUCGUUCGGCGCUGGAAAAACAACAGCCUUAAGCGGUGGACUCCACACUACUACUCUUCCUCAGAUUCUGACGAAUCGGCCGGUUCAACCCGGACCCCUUCCGGCUCAUUGGCCGUCUACGUGGGCCCAGAACGCCGCCGUUUCGUUAUCCCCACCCGGCUCCUGAACUUGCCCGUUUUCGUUGACAUCCUCCGUGAGGCGGCGGAGGAAUUCGGGUUCCCGACAACCGGUGGGUUGGUCCUGCCAUGUGAUGCCGGUUUUUUCAGAAAAAUCUUGAAAUUUCUUGAAAAUGAUGAAGAAAACUUUGGUGGGCUAGGUUUGGACGAGUUUUUCAAGCUUUAUUCUGAAGUGGGUAUCGAAUCUUUUGACCAUUUUUCUUGUAAAAAUUCUUCUUACCACGUCUUCACUCCAUUGCUGCAGAAGACUAGGUUGGAUUUGGACGAUGCGUUGCUAGGUUUUGAGAAGAUAACAACUAAUUGGACAACAGAAGAGAAACAAGUGAGAGAUCGAAAGGUUUUACGGCAGAUCAAUAUUCAUUUAUCCAACAAUAUUCUGCAAGAUAUCUUAAAGGAGAAAGCAGUAGCUACCUUGUAG